AAACCUAAAAGCUGGGGGCGUUCGACUGGUUCUUACCGAAGCGAUGGUGAGCAACGCUCAAAUAUAAGGCUAGGGACAAAGGCCGGCUUAUAUACAUGGGGAGAUAAGGGCAGGCUGUGCGCAUUGGUCCAUGCGCAGCUGGUCCGUGUGCAGCAUGCCGACACGGCCCCGGGGGCCGGUGAGUCAGAG